AUGGUUGUUCCUUCCUCGUCAUCUUCAUUGUCGCAGCAGCGCAAUUUCAGCCAGCAGCUCCAUUCCGCCUUGUCCCCAAAUCACCUUAACCCUCACUCAUCCAAUUCUGCCUACUCUUCCUAUGCCUCCUCAAUAUCCUCUGUGCCUGGGUCUCGUCCAGCCUCUCCAGCAUCCAUGAAUGCAGGAAUCACAAUUAAUGUGCCAUCGCCUCCCCCAUCUCCUACAGCAUACCAGUUGAAGACGUUCGUUUCCUCUGCACCUUCAACACCACCCGUUAGUACUGUGAUCAACGUUGGUACACCAAACAACCUUACGCCAUCAUCUUCAUCUUCAUCUUACUUUCCCAAUGUUAAUACUGCUCCACCCCAAAGCACGAGCGUAUCAUUACUCUCACUCCUUACACAGCCUGUGACCAGAAUGGUUUUGGUUCUAACCUUCAUCAUAUCAGCGGUGGCACUCGGAGGGAAAUUCCCAGAGCAUUGCACUGCACCUACACAUGUAAUUCACUCUCGCGAGUAUCUCUCACUCCUAGCCUCUCCGUUUGUGGUGCCAUUGGCCCCUUCUAUUCUGAUUGGGGCUCAACUUAAUCUAGUAUCGUCACUUGUCCUUGCGGUAUCCAAUAUCCUUUCGCUGGCGAUCUUUGAGGACCAUCUGACAUCGAUUUUCAACGGAGAUGGCUCGAGAAUUUUUCGUAAUCUCUUUGUGAUCAUUAUGGUUUUGACUAUGGCCUUUCGACAGCUCUCAGGCUUCAUCUUUUCACGGUCGACAGGAUGGGCUAUUCCAGUAUUGUUUUUCAGUGACAGCAUGUAUGAAUGCAAUCUUGGACUCGCACCAUAUCUCUUUGCUCUGCUUAUUAUUCAGGCGUUGUUUCCCAUCUCAAAUGAAAAGCCAACGUCGCUUUGGAACUUGCGUCGCUCGCACAUUCAAUUAUUUUUAUGCUUGAUCAAUGUUGUGCCCAAGACUAUUGUAUGGUGGGCUGGAACAGGCAUGGUUGUUGGAUUUUUCAGUGCCAUGAUCAUUUGGUUUCAGCGCCAGAGAGGUCGAUGGGGAGGCAAAGUGAAAGCUUCAGCAGCGGAAAAGCAAUUUUGGGAGGCAGAAGUUUUUGAGAACAUUUUAGAAGAUGACGAAGCAUUUUCAGAUUCUACUUUGGCAGGAGAGAGUGCCGCCCCAUUCAGAGAGAAGAAGGCUGGGGUCUCUUGCUGGAUCGCUCUGGCACAUGUGAUUCCAACUUUUCUCAUUGGACUCUUAAUCCUUAUCAGCAGCAAUCAGAUUCACACCUUCCAGCCUGAUGUACCCAAUGCUAUCCUCAACAGCAGCAUCGAGCCACAGACGCCUUAUCUUUUGACACUCAUUCUGAUGACUGCGCCCAGGAAACAGGGAGCUGCAUAUAUCAAAGAAACUCUCACCUCUUACCUCAACAAUUUCCCAGAUGAGGAAGUAGAUCCUUUGUAUUCUAGAAUUCAGAUUGUGGUUUAUACUCAUUUCUCAGACUUCCCAGCCUAUGAUGAGGCCAACGCAUACUUUGAUAAAAUCCCCAAGGCGCGUAAGCAUGUCAAGUGGAUGCGGGAGGCGGGUUUCGAAAAGAAUCAUCGAUUGCAUCUCUUGAGUGCAAUUCGCAAGAUCGGAACUAUGGAGGAAUCUGUCUAUUUAGGUAUUAUGGAGGACGAUUUCCCUUUUUGUGAGGGUGGAUGGCAAGAGAUGCUAAAUACGAUUUAUGCUGCUAAUCGACAAGUCCAGGACCACUGUGGCGUGUUUGUUGGCACUGGAGGUAGUGGGUUAAUCUUUAAACGAUCAGUGGCCUUGACAGCAUCGUUCAUCCUCGAGAAUGAUAUGCAGGUCUUUGCCAAUGGAAUGUUACCUCCUCCACCAGAUAUCACGCUUCAGAACUGUAUGCUGGGUGAACAUGACUUUUGCUCGAGCUGUGCUGGAACCAUUGUGACAAGCAAGACGCUACUUCAAAGACAUCUUGGCUAUAACUCUUCAUCCAGCAGGGAUGGCUAUGACGAGGAUGAAUUCCAGUGUGGAUGGAGACAGCCCUUUAAUGGUCUGCCCGAUGUACAUUCUCUCUAA